CUAGUAUCCUUAGGCAUGAAGAUAAUCAAUUCGGUCGUUGUGGUCGGACUCUAUUAUGGAUUUCUGACCACAUUCUCCAUAGGGCCCUCUUAUCUCUUCCUUCUCCGAUCUCAGGUUAUGGAAGAAGGAGAAGAAGGAACCGAGAAGAAGGUAUCAGCAACAACUGGUUUUAUUAUGGGACAGCUCAUGAUGUUCAUAUCGAUCUAUUAUACGCCUCUGCAUCUAGCAUUGGGUAGACCUCAUACAAUAACUGUCCUAGCUCUACCCUAUCUUUUGUUUCAUUUCUUCUGGAACAAUCACAAACACUUUUUUGAUUAUGGAUCUACUAGCAGAAAUUCAAUGCGUAAUCUCAGCAUUCAAUGUGUAUUCCUGAAUAAUCUCAUUUUUCAAUUAUUCAACUAUUUCAUUUUACCAAGUUCAACGUUAGCCAGAUUAGUCAACAUUUAUAUGUUUCGAUGCAACAACAAGAUGUUAUUUGUAACAAGUAGUUUUGUUGGUUGGUUAAUUGGUCACAUUUUAUUCAUGAAAUGGGUUGGAUUGGUAUUAGUCUGGAUACAGCAAAAUCAUUCUAUUCGAUCUAAUAAGUACCUUGUGUCAGAAUUGAGAAAUUCUAUGGCUCGAAUCUUUAGUAUUCUCUUCUUUAUUACCUGUGUCUACUAUUUAGGCAGAAUGCCGUCACCUAUUUUUACUAAAAAACUGAAAGAAACCCCAGAAACGAAAGAAAGUGAGGAAGAAACAGAACAGGAAGAAGAGGGAUUCACCGAAGAAGAUCCUUCUCCUUCCCUUUUUUCGGAAGAAAAGGAGGAUCCGGACAAAAUCCAAAUCGAUGAAAUGGAAAAGAUCCGAGUGAAUGGAAAGGACAAAACAAAGGAUGAAUUCCACUUGCACUUAAAAGAAGCAUGCUAUAAAAAUAGCCCAACUUCGUUAGAAAUACUUAAAGAAGAAAAGAAAAACUUCUUCGGGUUUGAAAAAUCCCUUCUUUUUCUUCUUUUCGACUAUAAACGUUGGAAUCGUCCAACGCGAUAUAUAAAAAACAAUCGAUUUGAAAAUGCGGUAAGAAAUGAAAUGUCACAAUAUUUUUUUUAUACAUGUCAAAAUGAUGGAAAACAAAGAAUUUCUUUUACAUAUCCACCCAGUUUAUCAAUUUUCUGGGAAAUGAUACAAAGAAAGAUUUCUUUGGAUACAACAGAAAAAUUCUUAUAUGAUGAUGAACUAUCCAAUAAUUGGAUUUCUACAAAUGAACAAAAAAGAAACAGUUUAAGCAAUGAAUUAAAUAAUAGAAUUACGGUUCUAGACAAAGACAUUUUUUAUAUAGAUGUACUCGAUAAAAAAACAAGAUUAUGCUUAGAAAACAAAAAUGAUAAAACUAAAAGGGAAUUUUUGAAAAAAAUACAUGAUCCAUUAUUAAUGGGAUCCUAUCGUGUUUUAAUAAAAAAAAUGGUUUCACCCUUUAUAAAUAUAAAUGAAACUACAGUGAAUAAUUUAAUUGAUAAAUUUUUUAUAAAUAAAAUUCAUAAUGUUUUACUUAAUGAUUCCAAUUAUCAAGAAUUUGAACUUAAAAAACCAAAAAUGAGUCAAUUUGAUGGAGACUCAACAUUCAAUCAAAACAAAAAUUUGUUAUUUUCCGAACAAGAACAAAUUAGUUCAGAAAAUAAAGAAAGAUUUUUCAAUUUUUUAAUUGAUACAACCACAGCAUAUGCGUUUACUCAACCAAUUUCAAAAAGAAUAAACGAAAUAAGAAAAAAAGUUCCUCGUUGGUCACACCAAUUAAUUAACGAGCCCGAACAAUAUGAAAGAGCACUUGAAAAAGACGUGGUGCUGGAUUAUGAAAUCCGCACAAGGCAAUCGAACCCUGUAGUGAUUUAUACGACUAAGCAAGAUAAUAACGAUGCAGACGAAGUGGAUUUGACACAGUAUGCCCAACAAUCUGAUUUUCGUCGAGAUAUAAUCAAAGGUUCCAUGCGUGCUCAAAGACGUAAAAUUCUUAUUUUGGAAUUGUUUCAAGCAAAAGUACAUUCGCCACUUUUUUUCAACCGAACAAAGGAAGCCUCUUUUUAUUCUGUGUAUGUUGUUACACUUAUUAGACGAGUUCAAAGGUAUAUGAGAAAAAAACCAGAAAUUCCACUUUCUCAACAGGAAAAAUUAAAGGAACAAGAAGUAAAGAAAGAAGAAUUAGCGGAAAAAAAAUUAGAAGAAUUUCUAUUAACGCAAAAGGAAGAAAAAGCAAAACUAGAAGAAGAUAAACAAAUAAAAGUAGCCGAAACCUGGGAUACCGUCCCGUUUGCUCAACUAAUAAGGAGUUUGAUGUUAAUGACUCAGUCCAUUUUUAGAAAAUAUAUUUUAAUUCCUUUAUUGAUAAUAGCAAAAAAUAUUGUUCGUCUACUAUUAUUCCAACGUGCUGAGUGGUCUGAAGAUUUCGAUGACUGGAGUAAAGAACGACAUAUUAAAUGUACCUAUAAUGGUGUUCAAUUAUCAGAAACCGAAUUUCCUCAAGACUGGUUAACAGAUGGUAUUCAGAUAAAGAUAGUAUUUCCUUUCUAUCUAAAACCUUGGCACACAUCCCGAGAUCUAAUAAAAAAACAAAAUCAACCAGAUGAUUAUUGUUUUUUAACAGUUUUCGGAACAGAAACUGACAGUCUUUUUGGUCCUCCCCGAAAACACCCUUCUUUUUUUAACCGUAUUUUUAAACAAUUAGGCAAAAAUAUUCGAAAGUUUCCAAAUACAAGAAAAUUUUGGAUUAUGAAAAUCCUUCUAUUUUUUAAAAAAAUAAAAAUAAUGUUAAAGGAAAAUCGAAUUCUAGGAUUUGGAGUGAGCGAAGAAUCUAGGGAAAUAAAAAAAGAAAAAGAUUCGAUAAUUACUAAUCAUAUGAUUAGGGAAAUAAAAAAAGAAAAAGAUUCGAUAAUUACUAAUCAUAUGAUUCAUGAAUCGUCCAUUCAAACUCGAUUCCUGAAUCGGACAAAUUCUUCAGUGCCAGAAAAAAAAAUAAAAGAUUUGGCUAAUCGAACAAGGACAAUCAAAAAAAAAAUAGAAAAAAUAUCAAAAGACAAUAGAAAAUUAAAUAUUAAUUCUAACAAAACACAUUAUAGUACGAAACGAUUCGAAUCGUUUAAAAAUAUUGGUCAAAUAUUAAAAAGAGGAAAUGUUCGAUUAAUCCGUAAAAUAAAUUCUAUUUUUUAUUUUUUUAGCGAAAAGAUAUACGUCGAUAUAUUUCUAUCCAUCAUUAAUAUUCCCAGAAUUAAUACACAACUUUUUCUUGAAUCAACAAAAAACUGGAUUGAUAAAUCCAUUUACACUAAUGAAAAUGAAAAAAAUCAUGAAAGGCUUGAGAAAACAAAUAAAAAAAAAAAUUCGUUUAUUUCGAAUAUAAAAAAAGCAUUUUUGCUGUUUUUUAGUAAUGACGAGAUUAAUAAGAAUUCGAAUAUUUUUUCUAAUUUGGCUUUUUUGUCACAAGCCUACGUAUUUUACAAAUUAUCUCAAACCCCUAUUUUUGACUUAUACAAGGUAAGAUCUGUUCUUCAGUAUCGCGGAAUGUCGUUAUUUCUUAAAAAUGAAAUAAAAGAUUAUUUUGGAACCCAAGGAAUAACUCAUUCCGAGCUAAAGACUAAAAAACUUCCGAAUUCUGGAAUGAAUCAAUGGAAAAACUGGUUAAAAUUGCAAAGUAAUUAUCAAUAUGAUUUAUCCCAGAUAAAAUGGUCUCAAUUAGUACCCCAAAAAGUGCGGAAUAGAAUAACUGAACAUUUUGCCAUUGAAAAUACAAAUAAUAUUGAAAACUUUUUAUUCUUAUUGCCAAAUAAAAAAUCAAAUUUUAAAAAGAACUAUAGAUAUGAUGUUUUAUCAUAUAAAUUUCUUUAUUAUGAAGAUAAAAACAAUUCAUAUACAUAUAGUUAUGGGAGCCCAUUCCAAGUAAAUAAGACCAAUGAAUUUUCUUCUAUUUAUAAUUACAACCUAAAUAAAGACAAAUUCAUUGACAUGUGGUGGAAUAUCCCUAUCACUAAUUAUUUAGGAAUAAAAAAUAUUAUGGAUAUGGAUAUAGAGAAAAAGACCGAUAGAAAAUUUUUGGAUUUGAAAAUUAUUCAUUUUUGUCUUCGAAAGAAAGUCAACAUUGAGGCCUGGGUCGAUAUCAGUAUUGGCAGGAAUGAAAAUACUAAAACUGAACUUAAGAGUUAUCAAAUUGUUGAUAAAAUUGAUAAGAAAAGUAUUUUUUACACACCAAUUUAUCAAGAAAUCAACCAACCCCAUCAAAAAAAAAACGUUUUGGAUUGGAUGGGAAUGAAUGAAGAAAUACUAAGUCGUCCCAUAUCAAAUCUAGACUUUUGGUUUUUCUCCGAAUUUCUCUUCUUUUAUAAUGCAUAUAAAAUGAAACCUUGGUUUAUACCAAUAAAUUUUCUUUUUUCAAAUUCGAAUGUAAGUGAAAAUUUUAGUGAAAAUAAAAACAUCAAUAGAAAUAAAAAAACGAAUCCCUUUAUACCUUCAAAUGAAAAAAAAUAUUUUGAAUUAAAAAAUAAGAAUCAAGGCGAAAAUGAAUUUAUAAGUAAAGAAACUCUUGGAUCAGAUGGUCAAGACAACUCUGAAUCUGUUUUCUCAAAUGGACAAAAAGAUAUUGAAGAAGAUUAUAUAGGAUCAAAUCUGAAAAAGCCUAGAAAGAAAAAACAAUCCAAGAGUGGUAUAGAAACAGAAAUGGAUCUCUUACUGAAAAGAUAUUGGCUUGUUCAACUUCAACUCAGAUGGGACAAAACCUUGGAGAAAAAACUGCUGAAUAAUAUCAAAGUAUAUUGUUUCCUGCUUAAAUCGAUAAAUCCAAUAGAAAUUGCUAUCUCCGCUGUAGAAAAAAGAGAAAUGAAUUUAGAUAUACUACCACGUAACGAGGAUUUCAUUUGUAGAGAAUUGGCGGAAAGGGGACUACUCAUUAUUGAACCGUUUCGUCUGUCUGCAAAAGACAACGGCCAAUUUAUUAUAUAUCAAACGAUAGGUAUUUCAUUGGUGCAUAAGAGUAAACACCAAAAAAAUCAAAAACGAUAUAGUGAAAAUGUUGAUAAAAGCAUUUUCGGUGAACGAGACAAAAACCAUUUUGACUUGCUUGCUCCUGAAAAUAUUUUAUCUCCUAGGCGUCGAAGAGAAUUGAGAAUUCUAAUUUGUUUAAAUUCAAGGAAUAAUAAUAAAGGUAUGAAUACAAACCCAACAUUUUAUAAUGGAACUCAGGUAAAAAAUUGUAGUCCAUUUUUUGAUGAAAACAAAGAUAUUGAUCGAGAUAAAAAUACACUUAGAAAAUUAAAAUUAUUUCUUUGGCCAAAUUAUAGAUUGGAAGAUUUAGCUUGUAUGAAUCGUUAUUGGUUUGAUACUAAUAACGGAAGUCGUUUUAGUAUCUUACGAAUCCAUAUGUAUCCGCAAUUAAAAAUAAAUUUAUGAUCCAUUUGUCUUAUAGAUUCCCUAUUAUUUGAUAGAGAAAUAGAUGUACACACGCCUUGUCAUACAUUCAAGUCUGAUACAUGAAUACUAAUUCAAUGAAUUAUCAAUUGGAUCUUGAAAUGAAUCAAGAGAAUUUUAUUUAUUAAGUUUCUUUGAUAAAAUGUAUCAAUAAAAUAAGGUUAAGAUAUUGUAUAUAACAGAGUAAAACAGAUGGCAUUAUUAUUACUGAUCCGUAAAAUUCCAUAUUUUGUAAAAAUAAAAAAGGUAAGGAAGAGUAAGAAUUUAUGAAACAAAAUUCAUUCAUAUCUGUUAUUUCGAAUGAAAAAAAAGAAGAAAA